UCGGCAGUCAGUCAGUCGUGCCGGUCCAGUCCGCGCGCGCGUACGUCGAUCGUCCAACCGGUGAAAUCGCAGUCGCGUGUGCAAAAUCGGUUUGUUUUUUUUUUGGUUUUAUUAGAAUAUACCCGUACACGAUGUCGUCGCGUUCGUAAUAAUUUUUAAUAUUAUCGUACAGAGCUGACAGUAAAAAUGACAUAUAGUUGUCGGUAUUGUUCGUGGUUAUAUUAUUAUUAUUUUUUCGUAUCGAAUUAACGGCGCAUCGCACAUCGAGCCGGUGGUUCUUACAACCGCACACGACUAAUUAUUGCUUACGAGAAAAAAAACAAAUUAAGAAUAUGGAUUUAGAAGAGCUUUACCACAAGUAUCGUAUUCGAUUAAAGCAAUCACUUUUUACAACGUUUGCUUCUAUCGGAUUGGUGGUUUGCACUAUCACUUUAAUCAUGUUAAUUUUAUUUUAUAAUGCCGAAUCGGCUGUAAGAUCUCCAUUUCUGUCAGUGUCCGUCGCGUGGAUGACGUUCGCCUUCACUUUCUGCCUCACGCAGGCCGCUCCAACUGCGUUGAACUCCAGGCCAGCCGUGGCUGCGCUGUCCGCGGCCACUGUGGCCGCAUCUGCCACCGCCGUGCUGUCCAGCAUUAGCGUCGCGCACGCCGCGUACGCGCUCGUGCCCAUCAUGGUGGCCACGCACUCGAUGGUGCCAACGCACGUGGCCGUCGCGUCUUUCGCGACGGCCGCAAUGGUGGCCGUGCACAUCAUGUCUUUGCUCGCCGAGACCCAGUGGACGCCAAACGCGCAACACGUCAAACAGAUGAUCGCUGAAAUAAUACUUCUGUUCUCGGCAAGUUCUACUGGUUGGUAUUACAAGUUUAUGACACAUAAAGCGAACAGAAUAAUGUUUUCGGGUACCAGAACAUGCAUCGAAUCCAGAAUAAAACUGGAGUGUGAAAAAGAGCAACAAGAACAAUUACUGCUUAGCGUCAUACCAGCGUAUAUUGCGGCUGAGGUAAAGAGAAGUAUAAUGCUCAAAAUGGCUGAUGCGUGUCAAGACGAUGUAGCAAAUAAGCAAACACGAUUUCACGAGAUGUAUGUGCAGCGCCAUAACAAUGUUAGCAUUUUGUAUGCUGACAUAGUAAAUUUCACUCCAUUAUCUGAACAACUGUCGGCGUCUGAUCUUGUGAAAACUUUAAACGAACUAUUCGGACGCUUCGAUCAAAUAGCUCAAGAUAAUCAGUGCAUGCGGAUAAAAAUCUUAGGUGACUGUUACUACUGUGUUUCUGGACUUCCCGUAUCCAGACCAAAUCAUGCUUACAACUGUGUCAAAAUGGGGUUGCAGAUGAUAGAAGCGAUCAGAUUCGUCAGAGAAGCUGCUGGAUUCAACGUAGACAUGCGGAUCGGCAUUCACACCGGAAAUGUGUUGUGUGGCGUGCUGGGUUUAAGGAAAUGGCAAUUCGAUGUGUGGAGCGACGACGUGACAUUAGCCAACCAUAUGGAGUCGGGCGGCGUUCCCGGUCGUGUUCAUAUCACUAGAGCUACUAUGGAGCAAUUGAAUGGUAGAUUUUCCGUUGAACCAGGCAAUGGUGGUUCCAGAGAAGGUUACUUGGCAGAUCACAAAGUAGAAACAUUCCUCAUUGUACACCCGUCAGAAAAGAACCAAGCGGAGAACGCUUUAAAAAAUAGUGGGAAUAAGCUGUCAAAAAACGGUGGAUUUCACUAUGAAGAAGGCAUUAACAGAAAUAGAUCGCCUAGUAAAAUGACUAAAUAUAUUGAAUGCUGGGGCGCGGACAAACCUUUCGCAAACAUAACUGAAAGUACUAUGGCGAAAAAUAUUGGUUUGGCAAGUCUAGCAAUGAUUGAAUCGAAUUUGCUUCCAUCAAAAAACACUUGUUUAGAUUGCAAGAAAUGGUAUAGCUCGGAAGAUUUUAAUCCGGUGUGCUUAUGGUUCAAGAACAACGUACAAGAAUCGCAAUACAGAAACCAAAUGGACCCUUUCUACAAGUACUACAGUGUCACAGCUUUGUUAUUAUUUGUGUGUAUGGUUUCUAUACAAUUGCUGUUGAUUCCUAAAUCAUUAACAAUGUUGGGUUGCCAGUGCGCUUCAUUCGUAGCAUUAUUUGUUUUCGCAUACGCGAGUUGGGUGUCAGAAUACGAUUGCGGGGCUCAAGAAAAUGUGUCCGUAGGCUCGUCUAGAUGGCUUCGGAUGACUAUAUUUCUGCUAAGUUCCACAUUGGUGGGAACGUGCGCCAUUAUUACCUUGCAAGAUUUCAUGGACAUUAAUUAUACCGAAAGUUUUAAUUUUAAUAGUACAAAUGAGUUAUUUUUAAACACCACGAACACAUUGAACCUAACAGAAGACCCAAUACAUUGGUAUUCUUUCUCAAUGGUUUCCGCAUUCUUAUGUAGCACUAUCCUCACGUUAUCAUUGAUAUCGGCCUUUCUUCGAAUUGGUAUCACCCUGAAGCUUUUCAUUAUGGUUAUCUGUGGUUCACUUCAUUUGUCUAUAUACCAAACAUUACCGUUAUUUCAAUAUCAUUUUAUAAACUAUACUGACAAUGAAAUACCAUGGCAGAUAAAAAUGUGGGCUCCAAUUAUUGUUUUAGUUAUUGUAUUUCACAUGUUAGAUAGAAAAAACGAAUUAGCUGCACGAACAGAUUUUUUAUGGAGAGCUAAAUUAAAGGUUGAACAAGAAGAAGUGGAAACCAUGAGAGGUAUCAACAAAAUUUUAUUAGAAAAUAUUUUACCCGCUCAUGUUGCAGAACACUUUCUUCGAGAACAAGUCCUACAAGACUUAUAUCAUGAACGUUACAGUUGCAUAGCAGUAAUGUUUGCGUCAAUUCCUAAUUAUAAGGAAUUUUAUGACGAAAACGAUGUCAAUAAACAAGGACUGGAAUGUUUACGAUUGCUAAAUGAAAUCAUCUGUGAUUUUGAUAAACUACUUUUAAAACCUAAAUUUAGUUCAAUUGAGAAGAUUAAAACUAUAGGCAGUACUUACAUGUUGGCUUCUGGCCUUAGGCCUGGAAAAGAAGAUAACACAUCAAAAGCAGUGGACAAGCAGCAUGAACAUAACGUGGUAAUUCUGGUUGAGUUCGCCAUUGCAUUGAUGACCAUAUUAGAACAAAUUAAUCGAGAGUCUUUUCAACGAUUUAAACUAAGGAUAGGAUUAAACCAUGGUCCAGUAAUUGCUGGUGUGGUAGGUGCACAAAAACCACAAUAUGACAUCUGGGGAAAUACCGUGAACGUUGCCUCUCGGAUGGACAGUUGUGGGAUUAUGGGCAGAAUUCAGGUCACUGAAGAUACGGCGAAAAUCCUAAUGGCAGCUGGUUAUGAUUGUGAAUGUCGGGGACCGACAUACGUAAAAGGAAAAGGCACAUUGACAACAUAUUUCGUAAAAACACAAUACGAUCAGAAAUCGAAAUAAUUAAUAAUUGUUUUGUAAUUUGAUGUCUACGAGAAGAAUUUAAAUACUAAAAUUGUAUAAUAGAAUCUUCGACAAUAUUUUCCUAGUUCGUAGACCAAGGAUUUGAGUCAAUUAGAUAAUGAUACGGUCAUUAUAUUAAUGAUUAAAAUAUAAUUAAAAUUAUAUACUUCUA